AUGGCCUCGCCCAAAAAUGAGCGAGUCUUUGAGCCCAAUGCGUCCAUUGUGCUUAUCGGUUGCCGCGGGGCUGGGAAGCGCACCUUGGGUUUCAUGGGCGCCCUUCACCUCCGGCGACGUCUGGUGACAGAGGACCAUUACUUCGAGAAGCUCACGGGCUUGACCCGGGGCCAGUACCUUGCCAGGCACGGCAGGGAGCACUUCGCUCGCCAGAACAUCGAUGUAUUCAAGCGGAUGCUCGACAACAACCGGACAGGGUGCAUUAUCGAGUGUGGCAUGAGCAGUCUCAGCGCCGAGGCCCAGGAUGCCCUCCGGGCCUACUUGACGACGCACCCGGUAGUGUAUGUCCACCGCGAGAAGGAGCAGAUCUCAAGGUUGAUGGAUGCCGCCGAUGCCAAGCAAUUGCUGGACGCCGAUGCCAACCACAGGACUUGCUCAAACUACGAAUAUUACAACCUGUAUGACCCUUCCAACCCCACCGCCGCUUCGGGGACAGUUUCCGGAACGGGCACGCCGAUCAUAAACGGCAGACGACCGGGACCAUCAAAACUCCUCCACGCCCAAGCAGAUUUCACGAGGUUUCUUGACAUCAUUACAGGACGCGGCGCAACCAAAGCAUGGUUGGAGAGUCCCUUCUCCGUUGCUGCAAUCCCCCCAGAGUUCCGCUCUCACUCUUACGCCCUGCGGCUCCGGCUGUCAUAUCUGAUGGACAUGGACCUGGAAUGGGAGGACUUCGAGGCAAGGGCAGACUGCAUCGAGCUGAUCAUCGACCAUUGGCCCAACGACCUCCUCAAUGUUGUCGCAAGACAGGUCGCUCUGAUCAGGAGGAAGCUGGGCGUACCCAUCAUCUACCAUGUCGAGGAGGACCCUCGCGGGGAGCGACGGAGGCCACCGGAGGAGAAGCAGGUCAUGGACGCCGAGCUGUUGGAAUUGGGUCUCCGGCUUGGCGUGGACUAUGUCAGCGUUGACCUGCAGCGCGACGCCGCCUUGGUGGAUCGCGUGUUGCGGCGCCGUGGACGAUCCAAGGUCAUCGGGAACUACUGGUACAUGGGUUUUGGGGCGCCCGCGUGGCAGGACGAAAGGCAGCUCGAGAACUAUAAGCGGGCCCAGGCUCUAGGUUGCGAUGUGAUCCGGAUGGUACGGUUCUGCACCAACGACAGCCCAGUUGAAUUCUUGGAGACGUUCAAAAGGCGCUUAGAACAAGAAGUCCCGGACCCCAAGCCGCCGCUUGUGGCAUACGACUUCUCCGUCCUCGGCGUAAGGACACCUCUACAGACUAAGAUUCUGGCCCCGGUAAAACACCCAGAUAUGGAAAACGAGCGGGACCACCUCGCAACCGUAUCAACCGCCGGCCAGUCCUUCGAACUCCUCUUCCGCCAAUUCCUCCUUGAUCCUCUCCAGUUCUACGUCCUCGGCUCCAACGUCUCCUAUUCCCUCUCCCCAGCCAUGCACAGCGCAGCGUACGACUUCUCAUACAUGCCGCACACCUUCCAAGCCGUCACCUGCUCCACGCUCGACGGCCUCAACCAGAUUUGCUCAUCCGACUCCUUCGGCGGUGCCUGUCUCACCGCCCCAUUCAAAGUCGCCAUCAUGCCCUGUCUCAAAGUGAAAAGUCACCACGCCACCGCCAUCGGGGCUGUUAAUGUCCUACUCCCCCUGCGCGGUCGCACGAGCGCCAUUCUCGAUCACGCAAACUCGCGCAACAAGGCUGGGCCGGCUCGAGACUUCUUUGGCGACAAUACCGACUGGAGCUCCAUCAUGACCUGCAUCAGGCGAACCAUCAGCCCGCGCAACCACGUGCAGCCGUCCAAGACAACGGGCCUGGUGAUCGGCGCGGGUGGCAUGGCGCGGGCCGCCAUCUACGCGCUGUAUCAGCUCGGCUGCCGCAACAUCUUCAUCUACAACCGCACCGUGAGCAACGCUGCGGCGGUCGCGAGGCACUUCAAUCAGUGGGCCGCCACCCAAACGCAGGCUGUGCCAACGGCGGCGGCGACAAACGGCGGCAGCCCGCAGAGGAAUGGCACGCCGCCGCCACCUUCGGCACGCGAGAUAUGCCGCGUCCUCCCUUCGCUGUCCAGCCCAUGGCCGCAGGACUACCAGCUGCCCACCAUGGUGGUCUCCUGUGUCCCCGCCACCAGCAUGGACGGCAACCCGCCAGCCGAUUUCGUCAUGCCCCUGGAUUGGUUGCGUAGUCCCACGGGAGGUGUCGUCGUUGAGCUGGCCUACGAACCCCUGAUUACCCCCCUCGUUGCGCAGAUGCGCGCCGUCCGCGACAACAUGUGUCCGUCCUGGGUGGUGGUGGGCGGGCUGGAAGUGGUGGCCGAGAUGGCCAUCGAGGCAUUUGAGCUUAUGACGGGCCGCAUGGCGCCGAAACGGCUUAUGAAGGAGGUCUGUCGGAAGACGUGGGAGGGCCAGCAACAGCAGUAG